AUGUGUCAGCCAUUCCGUUUGAAAGCGGUGGAGCCUGCGCUCCGCAGGCGCCCCGGCGCGGUUCGGGGCGCGCGGCGGCGCCGGUGCGGUGCUUCUGCGGGUGCAGCUGCGCCCGCCGCCGGCGGGAGUCCAGGGGCCCGGGAGUGCGGGCCCCGGCGGCGCCACGGGGACCUGGGUUGCUUAGGAAAAACUGAAAGUGUGGCAAGUACUCUUGUGAGUCGGGAGAUGGAGACUAAAGAAACUCUCAAGGGGUUGCACAAGAUGGAGGACCGCCCAGAGGAACGAAUGAUCAGGGAGAAGCUGAAGGCCACCUGCAUGCCCGCCUGGAAGCAUGAGUGGCUGGAAAGGAGAAACCGGAGAGGCCCUGUGGUGGUUAAACCGCUCCCUGCUAAAGGAGAUGGAUCUGAAAUUAGUGGCUCGGCAGCCGAGCCCCACACAGAGGGCCAGGCAAGUGCCACGUCACCAGCCCCCAAAGGCCGUCGCAGCCCUUCUCCUGGCAGCUCCCCGUCAGGCCGCUCAGUCAAGUCGGAAUCACCCGGAGUGCGGAGAAAGAGAGUCUCCCCAGUUCCUUUUCAGAGCGGAAGAAUCACACCACCCCGAAGAGCCCCUUCGCCAGAUGGCUUUUCGCCCUACAGUCCUGAAGAAACCAACCGCCGUGUAAGCAAAGUGAUGCGGGCCCGCCUCUACUUACUGCAGCAAAUAGGCCCCAACUCUUUCCUGAUCGGAGGGGACAGCCCAGACAAUAAAUACCGAGUGUUUAUUGGGCCUCAGAACUGCAGCUGUGGACGUGGAACAUUUUGUAUUCAUCUGUUAUUUGUUAUGCUCCGGGUGUUUCAACUAGAACCUUCAGAUCCAAUGUUGUGGAGAAAAACAUUGAAGAAUUUUGAGGUGGAGAGUCUGUUCCAGAAGUAUCACAGUAGGCGUAGCUCAAGGAUCAAAGCUCCAUCCCGUAACACCAUCCAGAAGUUUGUUUCUCGCAUGUCAAAUUCUCAUACAUUGUCAUCAUCUAGUACUUCUACAUCUAGUUCAGAAAACAGUAUCAAAGAUGAGGAAGAGCAGAUGUGCCCUAUUUGCUUGUUGGGCAUGCUCGAUGAAGAAAGCCUGACCGUGUGUGAGGACGGCUGCAGGAACAAGCUGCACCACCACUGCAUGUCCAUUUGUACGUCUCAGUGUUAUUUCAACGUGUUGAUUUUCUUGGCAAAUUUGGUUGGUUGGUUUUAUUUUAGCCACGAGUUGUCAAGCCCUGUGGAUUCCCCUUCUUCUCUCCGAGCUGCACAGCAGCCAACCUUGCAGCAGCCACCUGUCGCUGGGUCACAACGGAGGAACCAAGAGAGCAAUUUCAACCUGACUCACUAUGGAACUCAGCAGAUCCCUCCUGCUUACAAAGACUUAGCUGAGCCGUGGAUUCAGAAAACGUUACGAGCCAUGCUGGUAUAUACUCCUUGCCACAGUUUGGCAGAAAGAAUCAAACUUCAGAGACUUCUCCGACCCGUUGUAGACACCAUUCUAGUCAAGUGUGCAGAUGCCAACAGCCGCACCAGUCAGCUGUCCAUAUCAACACUGCUGGAAUUAUGCAAAGGCCAGGCAGGAGAACUGGCAGUUGGUAGAGAAAUACUCAAAUCUGGAUCCAUUGGUAUUGGCGGUGUUGAUUAUGUCUUAAAUUGCAUUCUUGGAAACCAGAUUGAGUCAAAUAAUUGGCAGGACCUCCUGGGCCGCCUUUGUCUUAUAGAUAGGCUGUUAUUGGAAUUUCCUGCUGAAUUUUACCCUCAUAUUGUCAGUACUGAUGUGUCACAAGCUGAGCCUGUUGAAAUCAGGUAUAAGAAGCUGCUGUCCCUCCUAACCUUUGCUCUGCAGUCCAUUGAUAAUUCUCACUCAAUGGUUGGUAAACUCUCCCGAAGGAUAUUUUUGAGUUCUGCGCGAAUGGUUACUGCAGUUCCCCGUGUGUUUUCAAAACUCUUAGGGAUGUUGAGCGUUUCCAGUUGCACUCACUUCGCCAGGAUGCGCCGCCGUCUCAUGGCCAUUGCAGAUGAGGUGGAGAUUGCUGAAGCCAUCCAGCUGGGCAUAGACGCCACUUCAGAGGGUCGCCGUGACAGCUUUUUGCAGGCAUCGGCCUCUAACAGCCACCCAGAAACCCCAGAGAACGGUUCCCUUGAACAUACAGGCCAUGGAGAGAAAACUGGAAAGGGACUGUGUGCUGCCAAGUUGAGCGCCAGUUCAGAGGACAUUUCUGACAGACUGGCCGGCGUGUCAGUGGGACUUCCUAGUUCAGCAACAACAGAGCAACCGAAGCCACUGGUUCAAACGAAAGGCAGGCCCCACAGCCAAUGUUUGAACUCAUCUCCUUUGUCUCUUCAUUCCCAGUUAAUGUUUUCAUCCUUGUCCACCCCUUCUUCAUCUGCCCCAUCUGUACCAGCUGGCACUGUACCAGAUGGCUCUCCGCAUAGACCUCAGGGAUUCACUCCCUGUAAAAUACCUUCUGCAUCGCCACAAACCCAGCGCAAGUUUUCUCUGCAGUUCCAGAGAAACUGCUCCGAAAACAAAGACUCAGAUAAACUUUCCCCGAUCUUUACUCAGUCAAGACCCGUGCCCUCCAGUAAUAUACUCAGGCCAAAGCCAUCCCGACCCACCCCAGGCAAUUCAACUAAACAGGGAGAUACUUCAAAAAAUAGCAUGACGCUUGAUCUGAGCAAUACUUCGCAAUGUGAUGACGGCGUGGGCAGUAGCAGCAGUAGUAAUGCUGUUAUACCCAGUGAUGAGACGGUCUUCACUCCGGUAGAGGAGAAGUGCAGAUUAGACGUCAAUACCGAGCUUAACUCCAGCAUUGAGGACCUUCUGGAAGCAUCCUUGCCUUCAAAUGACACCACGGUAACUUUUAAAUCUGAAGUUGCUGUCCUGUCGCCUGAAAAGGCUGAAAAUGAUGAUACAUACAAAGAUGAUGUAAGUCAUAAUCAGAAGUGCAAAGAAAAGAUGGAGGCUGAAGAAGAAGAAGCGUUAGCAAUCGCCAUGGCAAUGUCAGCCUCUCAGGACGCCCUCCCCGUAGUUCCUCAGCUGCAGAUUGAAAAUGGAGAGGACGUUAUCAUCAUUCAGCCAGACACACCAGAGACGCUGCCAGGACACACCAAAGCAAAACAGCCAUACAGAGAAGACACGGAGUGGCUAAAAGGCCAGCAGAUAGGCCUGGGAGCAUUUUCUUCUUGUUAUCAGGCUCAAGAUGUGGGAACUGGAACUUUAAUGGCUGUCAAACAGGUGACCUAUGUCAGAAACACAUCAUCUGAGCAAGAGGAGGUGGUGGAAGCACUGAGAGAAGAGAUUCGGAUGAUGAGUCACCUGAAUCACCCCAACAUCAUCAGGAUGUUGGGCGCCACAUGUGAGAAGAGCAAUUACAAUCUCUUCAUUGAAUGGAUGGCAGGCGGGUCUGUGGCUCAUUUGCUGAGUAAAUAUGGAGCCUUCAAGGAAUCGGUAGUUAUUAAUUACACUGAACAGUUACUUCGUGGCCUUUCGUAUCUCCAUGAAAACCAGAUCAUUCACAGAGAUGUCAAAGGUGCUAACUUGCUAAUCGACAGCACAGGUCAGAGGCUUAGAAUUGCAGAUUUUGGAGCUGCAGCCAGGUUGGCGUCAAAAGGAACUGGUGCCGGAGAGUUUCAGGGACAGUUACUGGGGACAAUUGCAUUUAUGGCACCUGAGGUUCUAAGAGGCCAGCAGUAUGGACGGAGCUGUGAUGUGUGGAGUGUUGGCUGUGCCAUCAUAGAAAUGGCUUGUGCCAAACCUCCUUGGAAUGCCGAAAAACACUCUAAUCAUCUUGCUCUGAUAUUUAAGAUUGCCAGUGCAACUACUGCCCCAUCGAUCCCUUCACAUCUGUCCCCUGGCUUGCGAGAUGUGGCUCUCCGUUGUUUAGAACUUCAACCUCAGGACAGACCUCCAUCGAGAGAACUGCUAAAGCAUCCAGUCUUCCGAACUACGUGGUAGCCAGUUAUCCAGAUAAACUGUAACAGAGACAGGAUGCUCAACAAGAGAAUGAAAACUGUUGUGGGGAACCACAGUGAUAAUCGGAUGGCCUUCGUACCACUGAACAGCUACGAGCGAGGCCAGUGGGAGCCCUUACCUAAGUAUGUGAUUGACAAAUCAUGAUCUGUACCUAAGCUCAGUAUGCAAAGUCCACAACUUGUGCAGAAACUGUAAACCGUGCCUUUCAGAGACCUGGCCCUAGGAAAGCCGUGAAGUUUGCAUGACUAAGGAACAGAAGCAUCACUUUUUCUUCUUUGGGAGCACUUUUUCAGCAAUAUUAGUGGCUGAGGGGCUCAGGAUCUGUAUUACUGUUUCAGUUACUGUCCAAUUUCAUAUCAGGAGCAGGGGGUUCUGCAAUUUUUUUGUCACUGGUUAAAAAAUUGGUAUCUGCCUCUUUUAGGUCGGAGUAUGUUAUGCGUAGCAGUAAAGACAUGUAUUUUUUAAAGUUGAUCACUUCUUUAUGACCCACCAUUGACCUUUAUUUUUUUUUUAAUGUCUGUGCAAUUGUGGUUCAUUGUGCAUCUUACUGUUGGCCCAUUCAUUUUGUUCUUAGAAAUUAUGGUUCUGUAUUUUUUUUUACCGGCAUAAAAACUGUAUUUACAUAACACACAGUUACACACGGAUCAAACAGACAGAGCCGAAGGCAGUCAGGAGGAGCUGCAGGGAUGGCCUGCGGCAAAGCACAGGAUGUUUGCCUUGAGGAAUGAUUCCAUGUUUUCCGGAUAUGCCCUCCACGCAUUCUAGGUCCUCCACCUGGGUGAAGGGGCCGUGGAGCUCCCUCCAGCCCACGAUGAGCUGGGCUUUCUUCUGGCCGAUGCGCUGCAGGUUGCGCAGGUCCCAGCCUGAGCCUCUGUUGAGCAGGUCCAAGAUUUUGUGGCGCCCGUGUGCCAGAAGCUCUGGGCUAACCUGCGGCUCCCAGCCCUCCUCCGCUUUCUCCUCUGGCUAGGAGGCGCACAGGGACUCAAACUUCCUCUUCCGGCCUUCCUUCUUCAGGAUGUGGAUCUCGGCACUUGGAGAUGGUGCCAGCUCUUGCAACAAUUGUAGGGGCAUCACCACAGCCCUUUUCAGGGGCUUAGCUACUGUGACUGUGUGUCGGGAAAGGGGUUGGAGCCUUGAGGGAGGGCAAUUUUCCUUCUCCUUUGGGUCCAUAGCCUCCUGGGUGAACAUCUUGGCCUCUAGUUCUUUUUGUUUCACCCUAACAAUCUUAAUCUCCAUGUCUUUCUCCUCCACUGUUUUCAUGAGCACCAUUUUUGUCGCCUUGGAGUGUUCAGCAGAGGGGUUCCUUGGCUCCCCUGGGAGCCCAGAAGAUGGUCCAAGCUUAGCAGGCGCUCCAGCAUCUCCGGGUCCAUGCUGCUUAGCUUCUGCAGGGGGCCGAGUUUCUGGGAGGCAGAGGCUGGAGCUGCUGGGGGCUCAGGGCUCCCCGCCUCCUCCUCAGGCCCUCGGGCUUUUUUAGCCUCGGAGCCCAGCAGUUCUUUCUGAGACAGUUGAACAGGCGCCAAGACGUGAGGCUGCAGGCUCUUGUUGGUAAAAGGCCGGUUGAUCACUUCCUUGGACCUGGUAGCAAAGUUGAGUGCAGUGACUGUCCAGGUAGAAGUGCCUCUGGGGGCAAUGAGGAUGCUGUGGGCGGAGCCACCCAGGGAAUCCUGCAGCAGGCGAGUGAGCUUGCUGUCCCAUUAGGGGACGCGAGGGAGGCCCAGGUUCAGCGCAUCCACCACCUUGCCCAGCAUGAAGAGGGAGGUGUUGAUGGCGCCUCUCUCCUUCAACUGCAGCCCCUCGUCCCCCGUGCACCAGUUGUCCUCUGAGCCAGACAAGUCGAUCAGGUAGAGCUUGCCCUCUCGCUGGCAAAAUGGGGCCAGCCGCUCCCCCUGCUCUACCUUAACCAGAAGCACAGCGUGACUGCUGGAUGAAUGCUGGUUAAGCCUGGUGGCUCCGACCGUCCGAUUUCGACUGACUGGCAGAAAGUGCUGCUCAAAAGUCUGCAAAGCUGGUUAUGGGCUUCUGGGUGAGGCCCGGGAUCAGGAUGUUUCCCCGGCAGUCUUCUCGGAUCACCAGGUCUCCCGAUGCAGGCUCCAGGAGGUCUAAGACCUUUUCCUGGUAGAUUUCUAGGUAGGACAUCGUGACAGAGAGGGCCCAAGAUCAGCCUUCAGCCCCCUCCUCGUAGAAA